AUUUUUUUUUGCAUGUUUGCUUUAAAAAAUAUUAUUUGCUUGUUAAGAUUGUUGCAGAUUCAUUUUCUUAAUCGCCUCUCAACUAUUUUUGUUUUUGUUUGUUGAUGUUUUUUCGUUUUGAACCUUCUGCUUUUAUUUUGAAAUUUCGCACCAGAAGUCCCACCCUCACCUGUGGCACUUGACACUUCAGUUGCUAGGGUGCACGCUCCAUAGUAACCGGGCCACUGAAAGGAAAAGUUGAGAUUUGAUCUUUUUGCCUUUUCAUUUAGUUUGUAAGAAGAUGACGCGUCUCUUCCACGACCUCAGGCCGGAAGUAGAAACAUUACCUUGAAAAUAAAAAUGCCAGCCACAAAAGUGAUCAAGCAAAAACCAGUGGAGGCUCCGACAAAGACCCUGGAGAGACCCAAACCGGUGAAGGUGAGAGCGGUUCCCGGAGCGGAGAGCGACCUCCGGCUGCCCGCCGUGCGUAAAAGCCGCGCGUCGAGCUGCCCGCGGUGUCCGCAGCGGGGGGACCGGAGCGAGAGGAGCACCGGGGCGCAGCGCACAGCCUUCAAAACCAACUGCGAGAGGAGGACCAGGUCCCGCUCCACCGCCCCCACAGUGACCUCACACUGGCCCAGAACGAACCCGGACCAUCGGAAGGGGACCAACUCUGUGAAACAUCCCGCUGCUGCCCACCCAGAGUGCCGGGAGAUGGUGAGCGCCUGUCCGGGCCCGAGGGAGCAGCGGGGAGGCAGAGCUGAGGCAAAACACGCGAGUCAGAGCCACAAAGCUUUCACCGUCAUCCCCCCGAACCCCAAGAAGAGAAGAGAGAUCCAGAAAAAGGCGGAGGCGGAGCUCGCCGCUUUAGAGGAGCUUCGGCUGAGCAGAGCGAUGGCUUACGUGUCCAUUGACCCCAGCAGUGUUGGUGGCUGUAUGAGUCUGGAGGAAGUACGGUCGAAGCAGCAGCAGGAAAUGAUGCAAGCAAAAAGAAAACAGAAACCGAUGAAGACGCAGGUGAUGGAGCAAACUGUCCUGAAUAGCUGAGCGUCCCCUCUCCUCCCGUCUCUGCCGGCAGCUCCACUCUACUUUACUCUGGUCGUUGGACACUCACACUGUUUCCAACUGGAUUCAAAUCACACUUAUUUAAAUACACAAUGUAAAUAGAACCUGGUUAGAAAAAAUAUGUACACGUUACAUUAUUUGUAUAUAAAGCGUGACACUGAUUGUGUGUAUUCUGACCCGUUAUGAAGAUUUCAUACAGCAUUAUAGUUGUUUAGUAUGUUAUGUAUUUUGUAUAUAAUGCGUAUGUCAUGCACAAAUCUUACAAUUUAAAGGGUUAGUUCACCAAAUUACACAAACAAAAACAUGUUCUCACUCUCCACUAGGAGUAUUUAGAUAUUUAGAUGUGGAUUUUUCACAAACUGGUAACACAAAAUUUGGAUCUAGAAACAUUACGAAUGGAUUUAUAAACCUUUAACAAAUACUUAAACGCAGUGGUUCUCAAACUGUGGGGCGGGUCCCACUGGUGGGCCACUGCAGGAGGGGAUGUGGAUG